GCAUGGAGCUGGUGAGAGAGUUCGGAGAUUUCCGCGUUCUGGUUCUCGCUGAAGAUCACAUCGUCCUCAAACUGGACACUUCGUGGCCACGGGGUGUUGAACUCCCAAAAGGAAUGUCGCUCGGCCAGGACGACGGUCACCUGCUGGUCGGGAACCAAGAAUCUAUGGUUUCGGCAGUGGAGAGCGCGUUGCCGCGGAAAGUAAGGAUCUCUAAGGCCAUGUUCUGCGGUUGCGCGUCCUUCGACUCCUCGGACCGCUACGCCGACGCAGCCAUCAAACUGCUCCGGGAUGUCCAGGAGAUCUGCAUCGUGCACAACAGGGACAAAGUGUACAAGCUUGUCCGAAUGUUCCCUAACGUCAAGGUGCUGGCUCUUCUGCACGAUCUCUGCAAGCACCAUUUGGAAGUGGACGAGCCGUGCAGGGACCGCUCCGCGCCGCUAGUGGAAGGAAGCCAACUGAGGAAGCUAGUGGGCAGCGUCAGCAACCUAUUCGAUGGCCAUCUCCUUAAGCUAAGUCACGAGACGACGCUGACGCUCUUCCGCACUUGCCCAGACCUGUGCCGCAUCGACUCACCAUGGCUCACGAAAUGCUUGAUGGGGCCGCACAGCUUGUCCAUCCCGGAGGCACGGCUAAAAGCAAAGCAUAUCACCCAUCUUUGGCUCAACUCUUGGAAGGGAGCGUCAACUGAUAUUCGACCAAUUCCAGUGACGGCAGCUGAUAUGGCACUUGCUGCGGAAACAUUUCCCGCCGUCGAAACGCUCCAGGUUGGCGUGUCCUCAGUGGAAGCGCUCGCCAAGGUCUCGGCCUUCCGCAAUCUACGCAGUCUCACGUUGGCAAACGUUGCAGGUCUUGUUGUCUAUGAAGACAUGGAUUUAGUACUAAGACAGCUCCUGGGAAUGUCCCCAGAUCUGGAAGAGUUGGCCUUGGAGCAUUGGGAUGGUCUGAUGCUCUCCACAAUCUCGAAGCUGUGUCCGAAAAUCAAGGUCCUCAAGCUAGUAUUCUGCACAGGGUCCACAAAAGAAGUCGCAUUGAACACUCGUUUAUUCCCCAAUUUGGAAUACGUCGAGAUUAGUAUGCAGAUGCUGCAGAAUACUUUCUGGUCAUUUCUUUCUGUCACCCGCGAAACCCUUCGCACAGCGCGUUUCGCUGAAUGUGGCACGUGCAUCGAGUUCCUCCACUACUGCGUUAAAUACGCGGAAUGGCUGCCCUUUUCGCGCCUCGAACACCUGGCCUUGUGCACGAGACGGACACUGCGGGAGUUGGAUCUCGAGCCCCGAGAGCUCCACAGUGUGCUCAAGGUCCUGCCCAUGCUCCGACACCUCGAGACGGACAGCUACGACUUACGACUGUACUUCGAGAACUACUGCGUUCCACGUGGUCGGCUGUCUUUGUCCUGGACAGGAUGCGUCUGCUGUGCGGUACACAAUCCAGAGCUAGCCAAAAAGUAUUCUUAAUUCGUGGCCCCUCUCGGCGACGUUCUAAUAAAAGUAAGGAAUACUGCAGAUCAGCUUGAUGUGUGGGCUUCACCGUGGCAGCGUUUUCCACAAAGACCAUUGAUAGAUAAUUUUUUAUCGGUGCAGUAGCUGUGUUUCCCAUUAGUCCUAAAAGGGCUUGGUAAUUUUCGUGCUCUGAAGUUAUGUGCCCUUACGGCCUUACUGCUCAAAAUUGGAGUGGGCCAUAAUUUCUCGCUAGGCCACAAUAUAUCUACAUGAGGCAAGAUGUCUCGCUCUAUCGGCCUGCAGCCCACCACUUUCAACAGUAUUUGCGCAGAGUGAGCAGCAUUAG